CAAUACCAGAAAGCCUCGUCUCCUUACCCCCUACUCUCCCUCUACAUUCUUCUAACCUAGUCUGCUGCUGGUUUCUGGCGGGAAACUCACAGAGAAAGAGAAAAAGAGGAAGAUGGCAUCAGAAGGAGAGCUACCCAAAUGGGCAUUAGAGCCUUGUAUGAUGGGCAUCGAUGAAGCUGGAAGAGGGCCUGUUCUAGGGCCGAUGGUAUAUGGAUGCUUGUAUUGUGCUGUUUCUUUCCAGAAUGCUCUAGCCUCAUUAAACUUUGCAGAUUCAAAAACUCUCAAGGAAGAGAAAAGGGAAGAGUUGUUCGAAUCGUUGAAGGCCAAUGAGUCUAUUGGAUGGAGUGUUGAUGUAAUAGAUCCACGAGAACUGUCAGCUAAAAUGUUGAAGAAGAGUAAGAUAAAUCUUAAUGAAAUAUCACAUGACUCGGCAAUGGGCCUUGUCACACGAGUGCUUAAUAUGGGUGUGCUUCUAACACAGGUUUAUGUGGAUACAGUUGGAGAUCCUGACAAGUACUGUGCAAAGUUGUCUGAAAGGUUUCCAUCUAUUAAAUUUGUGGUUGCCAAGAAAGCUGACAGUCUUUACCCUGUUGUCAGUGGAGCCAGCAUAGUUGCAAAGGUUACUAGAGAUCGGGCUUUGCGUAAUUGGAGCUUUGAUGAAUCAGCCGAAAACAUGCACAGGAAGUUCGGAUCUGGCUAUCCUGGAGAUCCUGAGACUAAGGCCUGGCUAGAACAUCACAAACAUUCUAUUUUUGGAUUCCCUACAUUGGUACGCUUCAGCUGGGGCACUUGCGCUACCUACUUCAAGAACGGUGCUGAAGUAGUAUGGGAAGCUGAUAGUGCCUUGGACGAGGAUGGUACAGCUAACAAAAAUGGCAAGCGACAGCUCAAGCUCAGCAGUCUUGGCUUCACAGGGGGCAAGAGAAAUAGUGAGGAGAUUGAGUCCAGUGGUAAAGGUCGCUGCAAGUUUUUCCAGAACCGCAAGCUUGAACAGCUUACACAAUUCUAGAUUAGCAUAAGCUCACAGGAAACAAAACAAAACAAAAGCAGAGAAAGAGUGAUGGAUACUAUUAGCAUAGCGAAGUUGCAGUUGGAUGUGUGGACACCAGCUCCAUGGCGGAGGUGAUCACGACUACUGACACUAUCAGCUCCAUUAAGAGGUCUUCCGGGUUGCCUAGCCGAUGAUGAUUCACCAUUUCCAUUCCCUUCACUGCCACCAUGACCACUACCUCCUUCACCACCCCCAUGACCUAUUCUCAUUUUCUGUACUAAUCCACUUUGUGCAUGGUUUCUUUCCUGCAAUUCAACUGAAACACAUUGCUAUUAUGGGUUAUGAGUUAUGUUAUGCAUCUGCAUAUAGUGAACUAUUGAAUUUUUUAAAAACCUCUUGUGGAUUAUUUACUGGGUGUAUCAUGUGAUUUUAGAGGACUAUGCCCCUCACGUUAUUCGUAAAGCUAGGAAGUUCUCUAUCCAACUCUAGAAAAAAAAAAUAUUUCUUACAGUUACAAGCUGUAAUUUAGAGUUAUCCUUCAUACAGUUCGACUAGGCCUGCCUUUAAUUGCAGAGAUGCUUUUAUAUUCAUCUUUGGAUGUCUGUCUGUGUAUAUCUACUUGUUGCUUAUGAGUUUGUAGGAUCUGUUCUGUAAUAAGCUUGAUAUACUGUUAAAGGAAAACGAAUCGAUCAGCUUGGUUAUUUCA